AUUAUACUGGAAUAGCUGCCAGUUCUAUCCCUUAUUCUGUUGGUAUUCGACUGCCUGUUGAACCUUUGCUACUCAGCGCCAUGUCCGACAGGGAAUUCGGAGGAAACGAUGACCUCUCCCUACCAAAAGGUACCAUAAAGCUGUUCUCCGCAAUAUCAAUGUUGACAUGCUGCCUAUACUGCUGAGAGAAACUGAAACACCGGCGGAUUUUCAGCGGCCUAUCUAGUCUGCAACGGAUAUGGACAAUGCUAACCCCACUCUCCCAUUAGCUACGGUGCAGAAGAUUAUAACGGAGAUUUUGCCGCCCUCAUCUGGCCAGACGUUUGCGAAGGAUGCCCGAGACCUGCUCAUCGAAUGCUGCGUCGAGUUUAUUACACUGAUAUCAUCCGAGGCCAACGAGAUCAGCGAGAAGGAGGCAAAGAAGACAAUCGCCUGUGAACAUAUCGAAAAGGCACUCACGGACCUUGGUUUUGGAGACUAUGUCCCUGAUGUGCUUGCGAUUGCCGAAGAGCAUAAAGAGCAACUUAAGACUCGAGAGAAGCGGACAAAUAAGAUAGACCAGAGCGGCAUGUCACACGAAGAGCUACUACGGCUCCAGCAAGAGCUCUUCCGCUCAGCUGGAGAAAAGUACAAUUCGGGGAGCUAAGCGGUCUUUAACACCACCUGUCCCCUUAGCGCAUGUUUAUGAUGCUUACGAUAUGCGAUGAAUCUCUUCUGGAGUUUAACGGGAUAUCUUCUUUUGGGGGUUGGUUCUGUGUUGCCUGGCGUCAGUUUAUUACUACUGUUACUACUACUACGACCUUUUCAUCCUACGCAUUCGUUAUACUUCCACCCUACCGCAAAUUUUAAUGAUA